AUGGGAGUCCAAAGAAAUUGGCACGCCAAGAUGAACCGACGUGACACUCGUACACUCGGACGGUCAGAUGACACGUCCCAGGCUGGCUUGAGAUUGGGAGGGACGACUGUGCGAAGCGAGACUCGUCUGGGCGUCGUUCGAGUAGGCCCUUUGUUGUUUGAUGCAAAAGUGAAUCGGCAAUAG